AUGGCAUCGAACGGCGUGAAGCGCGAGGAUACAGCGAACAUCAAGGCGGAGGAGAGCUCAGACGACACGCAGGUUAAAGUGGAGAAGGAGGAGAACAAGGACAGCGUGAAAGCGGAGUCGGAAGGCGCUGCACUCGUGAAGGAAGAGGAGCUCGAGACGCGCAAGGUAAAGCAGGAGGAGAACGGCCGCGUUAAGGUGGAAACAGCCUCCAACGGCGUAAAAAUGGAAGAAAAAAUUAAGAAACAGGAGAUCGAUGUAGUUGAGGCGGCAGUUUCUUCCUCUGGGGAAUUGAAAGUGGCAGUCCGGGGCGCUAAAAGGAACGUCAAGAAGGAUGACGUGAGUAAGCAGCGAGAACAGCAAGAAGAUCGCUCACACAUCCGACGCAAGGCUGUCAGCUGCGAUGCGGCGCUGUGGGACUCGAUUGAGUGGGUCGUAGCUGCUGGAGCUGAAGUGGAUGCGGGACAAAGGCUUGCUACGGCUGGGCGGCUGGAAGAAGGCAAUCAGAGACCGGUACAGGCCCCGUGCAAGGGGAGACUGUACAUCCUGACCAAGGAGCAGUCGGACGGCCUUAUGGGCGAUAAAGAGGAGGCUGAAGGGACUGUAAUGAGGACCGUGGCCUUCGUGGAGUACUGUAUUCACCCUCUACGCAAUGGCCGCACAUGUUUGAUGUGUCUGGCGGUUGUAGAUGACGACGAGGAAAACGAAGAUAUGGAGAGUGUCAAUGUGGUCUCGCAUGGCCAAGUUAUACGACUUAAUGUCGAGGAAGCGAAAAAAUUCGACUCGGACAACAUUAGACGUCAGCUUGGUGCGAAGAAAUUGUCGUUGGUGCUUGAUCUGGACCACACGCUACUGCACGCGGUGCGUGUCGACGACGUUGUGAGCGAAAUCAAGCAGACAGUGCUGUACGAUUUGUUCAUUUACACGCACGGCACACGGCUGUACGCGGAGAAAAUUGUCAACAUUAUUGAUCCCGAUGAAACUUACUUCAAGAACCGUAUUGUGGCACGCACGGACACCCCGGACAUGCUUCAUAAGUCACUGAAGCUGCUCUUCCCGUCUUGUGACGACUCCAUGAUCCUGGUUCUGGACGAUCGGAUCGAUGUGUGGAAGGAGAACGAAGGCAAUGUCUUCCUAAUCGAGCCGUAUCACUAUUUCAAGUGCACUUCUGAGAUCAACAACGCGUCUGGACGAGGUGUGGCAGGCAUGGAGGAUUCGGAAGCCGAGGCUAGUGAGGACAGCCAUCUCGCACAGUCAACUACAGUCCUCAGGCAUGUACAUGAAGCGUUUUAUGCGGGGCAUGAAACAGGAAUGCGAGGCACUACUGCAGAAGAGCAGAUGGGUGGUCACGGCCGCGACGUCAAAGGGAUUCUAAGCGCGUGUGCUCGCUCGUGGUCUCGAGUCUCCGAGAAAGAUUUCCUUGCGGACGAAUGGAAGGCAAAGCACACAAAGAAAGAACCUGAGAAGAAGACAGAGGAAGCUUGCGUGCCUUCUGGAGCAGAGACACCGUCUACAAACGCACCUUCGACAGAUGCUAGCGAUGGUGUUGACGGCAGCCAGUCAGCCUCACCUGCUGUCUCUGCUGCUGAGGCGAAGCCGGUUACUGGUAUCCUGGUCAAGCGAGAAGUGGGGGAUGCGAAACGGGUCAAGCAAGUCUCUUUUGCAAACGUUAUGGACGACUCCGGAAACCCUCCUAGUGAAGACAGCGUGGUGCGCAAGUCUAAGAUGGUGAGGAGGUCUCGAGUAACGCGUAGACCGUCUGGUGCUAUUGGUGCCACUGGUGCUGUUGCAACGGGCGUUGUGGCUACUGGAGGCACAUUUGAUUUCCUGUCAAAAAUUAAGGCAACAAAGCGUGAACCUUCUCGUGUCAGCAUCAAGACCAACAAAGCUGAAGAGACGAAGCAAACACCAGCUUCUUCACCUAAGGAUAUGGAUGAUGCAUUUAUGCGACUCAUGGAGGCGGAGGAGCGUGAAAACGAGGAGGAACAAAAGCGCAAGCACUCGUCGAAGAAUAUCAAGGACCAGCUUUUCUCUCGACGGGUAAAGAAAGAGAGUAAACGGCCUCUGGAGUCAGAUCCUACCACAACAACGAGGCCUGGCGAGAAGCGAAUGCGAGUGACUUCUGAGCAGGCUAAUGGAACGGCUGACGAUGAAGAAGGGGACGAUGAAGAGUUGGAUGAUCUCGAAGCGGAUAUUCUGGGAGAUCUAUGAAGACUGUGCGACUGUGUUGUCACUUCUCUGUUGUCCUGACUCCUGUGCUUUACCGAAUAAAGUCCCCAAACCAGAUCAACCUUCCUGUCACUAAACAGGUAAACGGCACUUGGUAAUGUGAACGUGUUACCAUCAUAAUAACACACUCGCUGGUGGGAUCUCAUCAAAGCAAAACUAAAUGGGAUGAACUGCACCGCACUGGUACUCGAUUACUACACGUAGAAAAAAAUACUUUACCACUUCA